AUAAAUAGCUCCAAUCCAUUGCUUUGUAGAAGUACAAGAGGGGGCAGUUCUCCCAAAACCCAAGCACAACAGAAAGAGAGGAAACUUUUCUCUCUCCUUUUGGCAGCAGUCUGGGCUUUGGUUGGUAACCUUGGUGCUCUCCUUUUGUCUCUGUAGAAUUGAAGCCUCAAACCCCGUCCAGAUAGUUAUAAUUAGAAUUAAUCUGUUCCCAACCUAGUACUUAUACCAUGGCUUUUGGAGUAUCAGAUGAGUUGUUGAGCACUUUUAUCCCGAUCGUAGUUUAUUGGAUAUACUCUGGAGUCUGUGUGUUGUUUAGUUCCUUGGAGGAGUACCGGUUGCACCCAAAGGGUGAAGAAGACACCAAGAAUAUCGUCUCCAAAUGGACUGUUGUCAAAGGUGUUCUCGUCCAGCAAGCAUUCCAAGUUGCCAUCUCCCUCAUCUUGUUCACUGUGAUCGAUAGUGGCAGCGAAGCCGCCGCAGAGUCUCAACCUUCUCUCUUCGUGAUAGCAAUGCAAUUCUUGGUUGCGAUGUUUGUCGUCGACACAUGGCAGUACUUCAUGCACCGAUACAUGCACAUGAACAAGUUCUUGUACAAGCACAUCCACUCGAAGCACCACCGGUUAAUCGUCCCUUACUCCUAUGGAGCCCUUUACAACCACCCACUGGAAGGCCUUCUUCUUGAUACCACCGGGGGCGCCCUCUCCUUCCUCAUCUCUGGGAUGACACCCCGGACGAGUAUUUUCUUCUUCUCUUUUGCCACCAUCAAGAGCAUAAAUGACCACUGCGGUCUGUGGCUCCCUGGGAAUCCUCUCAACAUGUUCUUCGACAACAACAGUGCCUACCACGACAUCCACCACCAGCUCUAUGGAAACAAGUAUAACUUCUCGCAGCCGUUCUUUGUUGUCUGGGACAGAAUUCUGGGGACGUACAUGCCUUACUCUCUUGAAAAGAGAAAGGAAGGAGGGCUUGAAGCUAGGAUCAUAAAGGAUUGAGGCCUAUUUACCAUGGUAUAAUUAAUGUGGUUGUGCUUUCUCUAAUUAUUCGUGAAGAGGAUUUGUACCCCGGCCCAAGUCUGUAAUAUUCUUAUAAUUCCUAGUGCGAAAUAAAAGUCAUGAAUACAACAAAGCUUGUUUGACAGAAAACAGCUUGAUGUAAUGAUCUUAUAGAGA